AUGCCUCGCCCACGGCCCGGAAAAACCAUCAAAAAGCCAGCACAGGCGAUGUCGCUAGACGAAGCCCCUCUGAGCGUAGGACCUACUCUGCGACGCGCCCAGCCGACGAUUCGAGGAACGACUGAAACCAAUGUUCCUUAUGCGAAUGAGCCUUCAACAGCGACUCCAAGGAAAUACACGCCACAAGGAGCGAAAAUUGCCAAGGCCAUGGACAAGUUCGAGGACGUAUUCCAGACCCCGGGUCCUGCAUCUGGGAAGGGAACCCCAGACUCUCCCAUCGAGAUCUUCGAUCUCAAUACACCACCUGCCCGCAGGCCACCUAGGAGAGAUCGAGUCCCACAGCGAGAGAUUCUGCUCUCGCCAUCCAAACUCGCUCGCGACGUCAAGGGAAUUGUCAAACAAAUAAUAGCAAAACGGAGAAAUCGUAAACGUUAG